UUCUCGUUUCAUUUCAUAACCGAAAUUCAGCGCAAACGUGUAUCCGUUCUUCCAGAGGCGUUUCCCUCGCGAAUUCUUUGAUUCUAAUCGGACGUUGCCAUUUCCGACAAUUGAUCGCCGGUCUACGCUAUGUCGACGGUGCCUUUGAAUCCGGCGGCUACCGGUUCUUCCUUUUCGCAGUACAACUACCUCAACGGGACCUACUUUCCGACGCCAUUUCACCUCCAACAACCGCCGCAGCCUUACAUCGGCGCUGCCUUCCCUCCGGUUCAAACAUCUGCUCCUUCCGUCGUUCCCGCCGUGUAUCCUGCUCCGGUCCCUCUCCCUGGUACCCCUUUGGCUCAAUACCAACAGGCACAGCAGUUGUUUCAAAGGGUUGCGCAGACAAUUACACCAGAAGCGCUUCAGAAUGUGAAAGCUGCACUUGCAAGCAGUGAAAUUGAGCACAAAGCUGAGGCCAAGAAGAAAGCAGUGCCCCGUAAAGCUGCUGGGCAAACUUGGGAGGAUCCUACCCUUGCUGAUUGGCCAGAAAAUGAUCAUCGUCUAUUUUGUGGUGAUCUUGGAAAUGAGGUGAAUGAUGAUGUCUUAUCAAAAGCAUUUUCAAGAUUUCCUUCAUUUAACAUGGCCAGGGUUGUGCGAGACAAGCGGACAGGUAAAAUCAAAGGCUAUGGAUUUGUAAGUUUUUCCAACCCUUCAGACCUUGCAGCAGCCCUUAAAGAAAUGAAUGGCAAAUAUGUUGGAAAUCGACCAAUCAAGCUUCGGAAGAGCAGGUGGCAAGACAGGAUUGACUAUGAAGCUCUAGAAAGGCAAAAAAACCAAUCUCAGAAGAAGGCCAAGCUGCCCAAGAAGAGUGUAUUGCACAAGUGAAUCCCAAAUUCCCAAUAUGCCCAUGAUGCUUGCAUGCAGUGUGAGAUGCAAAGACAAGCUAAACUAUUACUCUAGCAUGAAGGUAGCUUUGUGAAGUCUACUUCUGAACUUCCAAAAUGUCAUUGUUGUACAGAGAUCACGAAUAACAUUCUGUUAAUGAAAAAAGAAGGUUAUGUAUUA